GCCAGCUUCUAUAAUUAUUCUGGAGCCUUUCUCUCUGCUAUAAUUAUUCUCUUCUCUAACUUCUCUGAUUGUUCCCUUUUAUUCUUUCAUACACUUGGCUCACAAGCUUCAUAUUAUCUUCACUUGGUCUUGUUUUUGUUCUUAUUCUUACACUUUGGCUAUCUUUCGCUUUGCUAAUAAUCCAAUCCUUAAUCCUAUAUAUUCUCCUCCUUCAUUCAACCUUAACUUUUCUUUACAGAUUUAUUCGCUUUAUCCCACUCCACCCUCUACUAUUUCUACUGCUUUUCUCCAGCUAAUUUUAUUCAUUUUAUUCCUUUUAUUCCUUUUGUUGAUCAUGAAAUCAAAAUUCUGGUUUUCCCUACUACUCUCAUUAAAUCUUAUUAAUGCUAAUGAUGCAGACAACUUCAACAAUGAAGAGCUUCUCUCCUUACUAAACAGCAACAACAAUAACGAAAAGGAUACCAAUCCUGAAAUUAUAAAUGAUCCUUUUGAAACAGAUUACCUUUCAGAUCCUGAUGCUGAAUCUGAAGUAUACUCAUAUUUUGGCUGUUACUCUUUGCUCAUAAACGACGAUUUAAUAUUAAAUAAUAAAAUCAAUAUUCCAAUACCAAAUGACUGUAAUAAUAUCGAAAACAAAGAUAAAAAUAACAAUGAAAAUGAAAAUGAAAAUAAUAAUGACUAUCUAAUAGACUGCAUAUCAUCAUGCUCUUUAGAUGAUAAUUACAAAAAUCUAAUUGCAACCAAUAAUCUAAACCAGUGCUUUUGCAACUUGACCAAUCAAAAUUUAAAUAUCAAAUAUUCUGACAACUAUUGCGACAAUUCAAAUAUCAUCAACAAUAACCAAAAUGUCAACAACAAUAACCUCAAUCUCAACUAUUUCUCUAUUUAUAGUCUACAAGAUGAUAACAAUAACAACAGUAAUAACAAUAACAAUAUCAAACUCAAUGACUAUAAAAACAACCCAGGUAAUCCUAACGAAAUCUCUCUCUAUAAUAACAACAAUAAUGAAAAAACUAUCAACGAUUUGCUCAUCCACCCUCCUAUCCAAAAAUUCAGAUUGGUCAAAUACGAUGUUGAAGAUGGAAAUAACUCAACUGAUACCACCGAAACUGUCUCUCCAACUAGUUCAAGUAUCGAUGAUUCCACUUCAACAACCCCAACUACUUCAACAACUCCAACUACUUCAACUACUUCAACCACUCCAACCACCUCUACUUCUCCAACUUCAACCACUUCUACCACGUCAACCACUAGUCCAACUCCAACUUCUCUGAACACACCAACAACCAGUUCUUCUGCACUUCCCACUCCUUCAAGUCCACGUCCUUCCCCCUCUAUAACUUCUUCCUCAUCUUCGUUCGCCUCGUCUUCAUCUACUGACUCUGACUCCGAUACUGAAACCGAAACCGAAACUGAGACAGAUAUUGAGACAGAAUCCACUGAGUCUGACUCAGAUUCCUCUACAUCUUCCUCCACAUCUUCCUCAUCUUCUUCAUCAUCCUCGUCCUCUUCCUCAUCGUUAAGUUCAUCGUACUCCAUCUCUACACUAGUCUCCUCGACUACAAUGGUCACGUCGAGUUCUACCUUUAUCAGUAUCACAACAACUUCUGCUUCCGAAUUCACUGAUGUCAAUGGUAACGUAUUAACCUCUCAAAUUGUCAUCACAACUGGUAUAUACUCAGACGUUGUCCUAACUCUAACAACCGAUUUCGUCUACUCUUCAACUGUUUUGUUAGUCGCCCAAGGCUCUUCAUCCGUUAAAAAAUUAAGUGGAGGUGGAAUUGCAGGAAUCAUUGUGGGCUCAAUCUCAGGUGUUGCCAUUAUUGCUGGCUUGAUGUUCUUCUACGUGAAAAAGGUCAAAAAGAGAGACGACCAAGAAAAGAAAUUAAAUCUUGCUACUAUCGCUGCUACAAUGAACAAAAAGGACGACUCCAGUGAUUAUCAUGGUAACAUCAACGGUCUUAGUGGCUCAAAUACCAAUACCAGAUUAUACACUGGUGCUGGCGAACAGUUUGACUUUGAAAAUCCAACAAACUUGGUCCAAAGACUACCUGUUCACGACGAGAUUUACGAUAACCCAAAUCUAAAGAGCACAACAAGAUACAGCAGUUUAAUCGGAAGCACAGGUACCAAUGAUGAUUUAUCUUCAUUAACUUACGUUAAUUCCAUGCAUAACAAAUCUGCAAGGCAUGGGAGAAACAACAACAGCAUUUCAACCAAAAACUCUCAAACAAAUUCCUUUUCAAAUAAUCCAACACCAACUUCAAAUUCUCAUCCAAAUAUAAAUGGAGCCUAUUCACCCCAACAGUAUAAUCAAAACCCAAACCAAAACCCAAACCAAAACCAAAAUGACAAUAGAUACUCCUUUGUAUCCCAGAAAUCAGGCGAAAUAAAAGUCAACAAACAUGUGGCCGACAAAGACACCACUUCAAGAAGAGGCACAGUUGGUGAUUUCAGAUCAAUGUUAGAUAAUAAAUUCCAAUUAAAAGUCGCUAACCCCGAUAGUAUCGAAGAAAGUGAUAAUGAGGAAUCAACCAUGAUUGGAAAGAAUAGGAUCCAUCCAAAAUAAUUUCCGAUUUCUCAACCAUAGCUAUAAAAGUAUAAAAGUAUAUACUCGAAAAAUCAUAUGAUGAAAGUGAAAUACUAAUAAUAUAAUAUAAUACUAAUAAUACUAUUAUUAAUAAGGAC